UUCCGGAAAGAACGUAAACAAAGAUCUGAGCGAGCAGCGGAAGGAAACUCCGAACGUUCCCGGUUGCUUCCUGGUGUUUUUAUUACCCGUUUCUUGAUUGUUUGCAAGUGCAAUACUCUCAAGUGGGUCUCUUGGAGACUUUACCCUCCAAAUGACGACCUGGAUAAUUCUGAAAAUAAACAUAAAGUGAGUGGCUGUCCUGGACGCGAUGAAUUCACUGCUUAAUAAGAUCAAAGCGUAUAGUGUGUCAGACAAUGAAAAGAAAAGCCUGGAAACAUCAAGAAGCGGUGCAGCGAAUGAUUUUCCUCAGCUUCAUGAGGAGAAUGCCUUGACCGAUGACCAAGAUGCAGUGUUUGGAGGAAUUGCUGGGACUCUUGCCAUUGCUGAUGACACACUGAAAUCUCCAACAGAUGGAAGUAAAGAGUUCUGCUAUCAGGUGCCUUGUGAGGGCAGUUAUACCUCGGGGAGCAGUGUAACCUUUGAGGUUAUAUCUGCCGAAGUCAUCCGGGAAGGACGUUCAGGACAUGUAAACUACACAAUCUUAAUUAACCCUCAUAGGGAAACAACACGCUCUACUCAGACCGUCGUCAUUCGCCGCUACUCAGACUUUGAGAAUCUUCACCAAAGACUGAAGAAAAAGUUCCCUCCCCUGAUGUCUAAUAUCUCUUUCCCUCGGAAAAUUCUCACUGGCAACUUCACAAGUCAGACGAUUGCCAAGAGGAGCACAGCGUUUGAGCAGUACCUUGCACACCUAUUCUCCCACUUUGAAGUUCGCUACUCCCAAGAGUUUAUGGAGUUUUUCCUCACUGACGGCUACAGCAAUGCUGUACUCUGUUUCCUGAACAAAAACUUUGCUGCUGCCAUAGUAGCAUUUGAGAAGACUUUGCCUGUGCUGGAGAAGUUGUACGGAGAUUUCCAUCCGUAUGUGUGUCAGUGUCUGUGUUCGCUGGUGUCGUGUUAUGUCAGUGUUGACAAGCCUACUAUGGCUCACGCCUGUGUGGAGGUGGCGCUCAAAUGCUGCUGUUCCGAGGGAUCAGCUGCUGAUGAGGACCUCCGUGUGGCACUGAUGCUGACCGCCAUACGGCUGUGCUGGACACUGGGAAAAGAGAAAACUGAACUGGAAAAGAAGGUGACUGCGCUGCGGCAGAGUGGGGUGGACGUUAACGCCAUGCCUGACCUCAGAGAUAUUCUGACCGCUACCUUCCGGCUCCAGCAUAAUGUGGGCGUUGACCGUUGACCCCCUGCUGAGCUAACUUUAUUUAAUCUAUUUAUUUAUUUAUGGUAAUGUUUCGUGCACCAAUCAAAGAUUCUCACUCACAAAGGGUAUCGUUUCUCUUUUCUAGAAAUGUUUUUGCUGGGUGUUGAUUUUUCUGGCAAUGAAAAUCAGAGCUACUUUUGUUUGAUUAGGUAUGAACAUUUUGUUGGGAUUUUUGCUUAGAGAAUUGUGAAAGAAAAUAGUUUUUCCAUAUUGUGUCCUUUUUUGCAGUGCAGUUGUGUCCAGAGUUCACAGAAUUUACCCAAAAAUUACAGAAUUUGAUUAAAUGAUUAAUAGAACAGAUUUGGUAUCAACCAGUGACUGUGUGUGCUGUGUGGCUAUUUACUAGUAACCAGGAUUCAAGUCUCUUUCUUGCAGUUCUCAUUCCUGUUUUUAUUGCUUAAACCUCCUGUGGAGGUGUGUUACCUUGAUCACUUUUGUCUAAAUGUUUCAAAUAAGAUGAACAUACUGAGAGAAGGUUCAGAUAGUAGUAAGUAUACGCAUGCUUAAUCCCCUGUCCUCAAACCAGAAUUUGUGUGAAAAUAUUUUCAACUGCUGGUGAAAAAGUGGCCUCGUCCUUCAAGUUUGUUCUUUCUGUCAGCUCUUGAGAUUUAGAAGUCUGAAGUCUGUUCUGACAGAAACAAAACGAACAGUCAAGACAGAAGUUCCUGUCAGGUCUUCUUCAGCUCAACAGCCGUUGAAAAAAAAAUGUUAUAUCUGAAUCUGAACUUAACUUAAGGCAUAAAAUGUUAUCUGUGGCCUAGUGGUUAGGCUCUUGGUCGUGGGUUCAAAUCCAGUCAGGGACCUGAAGUUGUGUCCUUGGGAAAGGCACUUUACACAAAUUUUCUUCACUUCGCGCGGGUGGGAAUGGGUAUUCACAUUCGUCUAGAGACUGCAAAAGAUUUUGUAAGCUUUUUAGUGUUUGAACAUGUGCAAUUCACAGUUUGCCAUGUAUGCUUUCCAGGAAGCAGAGAAUGUUUUUGAGUGUUCUUAUAGGAUCUGCUGAGAUAAUAAUGGUUGUAAAGCAGAUAGAACUUGCUGUAAAGUGUGAAUAUGCACUGUAUAAAUUAUGCUGUCAUUAUUAUUUUUAUUACAUAGGGCAUCAUGCCGCCUGACCUGUUAUAUGACAGCACAAAUCAAGUUUGUCGUCUCCUGCAUGAAUUGACUAUUUUCCCUUCAUCUCUCAGAGGUCUAGUCUGUGUUCAGAGUGACACAGAAACUCAGUAUGUGAUGUAAGUAUUAGUACACUGCAUCAUGCUGUCAGGGUAGGGCUCUGUGCUUUUACAACUUAUCAUGUGCAAUGUUCACCUUCUUGCCAGAGAGGAAA